AUGGUUCUAUUUGUCAUGCAUGUCACGGAAGAUCAGGUCGUCGUCCAGAAUGCCGCUCAGUGGAAGUUCAAUGUGGAGAUCGUGACCGACCGACCGACCGGCUUCCGGCGCGCGGAAUGCGUCAAAGUGCUUCGGAAACCAAGGAAACCCGACAGUAAAAAAGGCCAGAGAGCUCAUAAAUUGAAAUACAAAGCCUGGAGUAGGAGACUCGGUCCCUUGUGUCCACUGAUUUCUGACCAGCUCCGUCUUUCAUGAACUCCCAAACAUCGCUGCCACGCCAGAACGCAAUCCACCAUCAUGACAAUGUCAACCCCUCAAACAAUGCUGGGGAAAACCGCGAUCAUCUCCGGCUCAUCAGCGGGUAUCGGCGCUGCCAUCGCCAUCGAGCUCUCGGCACGGGGUGCGAAUAUCGUUCUCAAUUAUCCAUUUCCCUCGCUGAGGGAAGAAUGUGAAGCGGUAGGGGCGAAGCUCCAGACCCCGUGGAUAGCGGUAUGUGCCGAUUUAGGUACCAUUGAAGGGCCCCGCGAACUGGUCGCCCAGGCCGUGGCGCGCUUCGGAGUCAUCCAUAUCCUUGUGAAUAACGCCGGGGUUGUCCCGAAUGCGCCAACUUGGGAAGUCGACCCCAGGUCCUGGAACCAAACGAUGGAUAUUAAUGCCAGGGGCACAUUCCUGCUUACCCAGGCUGUAUUGCCUCACCUGCCGCCUUAUAAGCCUUCGUCCCCUCCCGCUACCUCGGGCGUGACGAACGGAUCUCGUAUUAUUUGUAUUGGCUCGGGACAAAGUCGGAUGGCCCAGCCCGAUUGCAUUGUUUAUGCGGCAACCAAGGGGGCUAUGGAUAGUAUGAUCAAGAACUGGGCCAAGGAACUGCCGCCGAAAUAUGGAUGUACUGUAAACGGCGUGGCACCGGGGCCAGUCAUCACCCAGAAGUUCAUCGAUUCAGUGGGGGAUUCUCUUCCGGAUGUUCUCCAGUCGUUUGAAAAGGAUGUGCCUUGUGAGGGUUCUGUGGCCGAACCGGAGGAUAUUGCCUGGACAGUAGCCUGGCUGGCGGAAGACAGGUCGAAGUGGGUGAAUGGCGAAUACAUCAUGGUCAACGGGGGGCUCUGUAUGGUCUAGAUAUCCCUGAAUCUUACAAAUAGCUUCCUGAUGUUUAAAACUGC